AUGAAUCGCUUCACCACUCGUCCCACCUCUUUCUCCUCCAUCUCCUCCUCGCCCUCCCUCCUCCUCCUCCUCCUCCUCCUCCCUCGCAACCUCACCACCGGGCGCCGCCGCCUCAGCACCUUCACAUCGCGACUCUUCAAGCUCCCACCACAGCCACUCCAACCACCCAGUUCGUCGCACCACAACCUGCCCACCUUCCUCGCACACGCCGCCCGCAACAACAUCCCCACAACCACAACCAUCUACGUCGGCACCCACUACGAAUACGUCGUACAACACGCCCUCCGCGCCUCCUCCUUCCACCUACACCGCACAGGCGGGCGCUCCGACUCGGGUAUCGACCUCCUCGGCACAUGGCACCUGCCCGGCCACGAGCACCCGCUGCGGGUCCUGGUGCAAUGUAAAGCGAUGAAGACGAAACUGGGUCCGAACCUGGUGCGCGAGCUCGAAGGCACGCUACGACGACAUGCGCCGGCGGGGUGGCGCACGGGAAGCCAGGUCGGCGUGUUGGUUAGCACGAGGGAGGCGACGAAGGGGGUGCGUGAUGCGUUGAGCAGGAGUGAGCAUCCGGUGCUUUGGAUGAUGGUUGAUUAUACGGGUGGGUUGCGGCAGGUUCUUUGGAAUGGGAGGGUCGAGAGGUUGGGUGUUGCUGGGGGAUUGGGGGUCGAGAUGAGGUAUUCUUCUCCUUCUCCUUCGGCCUCGUCUUUCGAUAGGUCUUUGGGUGACGGGGAAGGGGGGGGAGGGAAUGGGGACGGUGAGUUAAAGAAGGAGGUGGUGUUGACGUGGGACGGGGAGGAGAUGGAGCAUAUGGAUUCGGUGGAGGAGAGGAUGGCGCGGUUGGAGGAGCAGUGGAUGGCCGUUUGGGGGUUGGAUGGGAAUGGCGAUGCGAGGUAUACGCGGUCGGAUGUGCUCGAGGCCAUUGAGCAGCUGUAUCCGGCGGAGAAGCCGCUUCUCUACGGGAAGGGGAGCUGCUGUUUGCUGUCAGAGGAGGAGAAGGCGAAGGUGCGCCAGCUGCUGGACUCGAGGGCAUGGCCGGCCUGA